GACGAGCACCAUCAGAUCCGCUUGUGAGUGUAGAUGAUGGGUGUGUGAGACUCCGAUAGUCCGCUAAACGAUCAAAUAAACCCGGGGACACGUUAAAACACAUAUACAGCUACCUCUCCGCCGGGAGAGGAGCAGCAGCGGGAGGUUUCGCUGCCUGGAGAGCCUCUCUGAGCGGGGGAGUCGAGCCGGGCCAUGGCGCGGGACUACGAUUACCUCUUCAAGCUGCUCAUCAUCGGCGACAGCGGUGUUGGCAAAAGCAGUUUACUGCUGAGGUUUGCUGAUAACACAUUUUCAGGCAGCUACAUCACCACCAUCGGUGUGGACUUCAAGAUUCGCACGGUGGAGAUCAACGGGGAGAAAGUCAAGCUGCAGAUCUGGGAUACAGCGGGACAGGAGCGAUUCCGGACGAUCACCUCCACGUACUAUAGAGGCACUCAUGGGGUUAUAGUGGUUUAUGACGUCUCCAGCGCCGAGUCGUUCGUGAACGUCAAACGCUGGCUUCAUGAAAUCAAUCAGAACUGUGACGAUGUCUGUCGAAUAUUAGUGGGUAAUAAGAACGAUGAUCCCGCCUCUAAAGUGGUGGAGACCAAUGACGCGCAGAAGUUUGCCGAGCAGAUGGGCAUCCGACUGUUUGAGACCAGCGCCAAGGAGAACAUCAACGUCGAGGACAUGUUCAACUGCAUCACUGAGCUCGUCCUGAAGACACGCAAAGAGUGUGUGGCCAAACAGCAGCAGCAGCAGCAGAGCGAAGUCGUCAAACUGAGCAAGAGCAGCAAACGCAAGAAGAAAUGCUGCUAGUGGACCUGACACACACACACACACACACACACACACACACUGUUGUCUUUGUUUCCCCUGAAGAUCUGCGGCAGAACGGCCAAAUGUGAGCGACUGCAGUAUUAAUGUGACUUAACCAAUCAGGACCACAUAUAAGAUGAUCAUUUUCAUGUGGACCACGUGUGCUGCUCUGCCAACCACUAAGAGACACUUGUUUUGCCUUUUGCUUUCUCUUUUGUCUUUCAUUUUUGUAAAAUUGUAUUUUUUUACUAACAAAUUAUACAAUCAAACACACA